ACUGGUACAUGUGUUGUUUUUCACUUAGCAUAAGCUCAGUCUGGGAGAGGAAGACAGUUGCCCGUGGUUCCCUUACCUGGGGAAUUAAUUAUCGCAAAAAAGAUUAAGUUAGUCCACUUAAGCUUGCUCACUUCCCAAUAAACAAGCCUCACUUAAAGUCCUCUUCUUCAUUCAACUGCAGGACACUAACCAGAACUUUGCUAAAAAUCGUCCAAGAUGCCGAGCCAGCUUGAGGGAGCCAUGGAUGCCCUGAUAACAGUUUUCUACAAUUAUUCUGGAAAUGAUGGUGACAAAUACAAACUCAACAAGGGUGAACUAAAGCAACUUCUUAAUAGCGAGCUGACGGACUUCCUGACGUCCCAGAAAGACCCUCUGCUGGUGGAGAAGAUCAUGAAUGACCUGGACUCAAACAAAGACAAUGAGGUGGACUUCAAUGAGUUUGUGGUUCUGGUGGCAGCACUCACUGUGGCCUGCAAUGAUUUUUUUCAAGAGCAACAGAAGAAAUCUAAGUAAAUAUUGUCAAUACUCAUGUACUUUGGCUUCUCACUGUGAUUUUGGCAAAGAAAUGUCAACCAUUUACAUUUGCAAAUUGGUUAAUAAUAACCCUGUUCUAUAUUUUGUUCAUUUAAAAAUAAAUAGCAUAGUUCACGAGUUAUAUUUCAUGUACACUCAUUACUUUCAAUGAUCCACAAUAUCCAUAUUUUUUAAAGUGAUGAAAAAUUGUGACUGUAGCAAUUAACACUUCAAUAUAUCCUAUCUUAGGAAUCGUCAAAAGUCCUCAAAAGUGUGUCCAUACCUGCAAAAAAAUAUAUGUAACUGAAACCCACAAAUAGACAUGCCACUAUAUCCUGUCACCAUGCCAGGGCUGAUGGGAAAUCAUAUAUUGUACUUGCACCUACUUGUAUGUUUCAAAUUCAAUUUGUUGCAACUGAAAAUUUGCCUCUUAA